CUUCCGCCCACAGUGCGCGUUAUGAGGUGAGGCGUAGUUUGUCUCACUGCGGGAACCGUAGUGUUCAGGAGUGAGAGUUGCCUUUCCCACGUGUUGAAGCCGGAUGCGAAGUAUGAGCUGGAGAGGUGGCUGUUUUAAAGGUGGAUAGAGGCAGAGCUCUGAUCAGCGAGUUGACACAAGGCUGUUCUUUUCAGGUGGAAACCAGCGAGCGGGACAGCGGCUUCAUUCAGCUUUCUCUUGUGACUGGAUACGGCAUUGAACCGGCCUCUCGCAAUCCCUGCGUGCCCCAGUGCCCUCUGAGCUGUCAUGCCAGAAUAUGAUUGACCAGCACAUUAAGCUUGUUACUGGCAAAGUGUAAGCACGGGCGUGUGCAUUGUUAGUGGGUAUCUCGAUCAAUACUAACGGCACAUCAACAUUAUCUCAGCAGAAAGUGCAUUGAGGAGAAUUGAGGUAUAAACUGUGUACUACUAAACGCCUAAUCAGUUCUAAUGGCUGAUCUUGAGAAAGAGACUUUGUUAGAAACUGUAACUCCAGGGGAAGUCCGGAAAGCAAGUGUUCUUCAGGAGGAGUCAGGGGCACAGGAAGAAAAUGGACACCAAGCUAAGAAAUUUAAGGGUGACCAAGAGGAGCUGUGUAAGAAGCAUCCUAAACGAAAAGUAGUUCUCUUAAUGGCCUACUCUGGGAAAGGCUACCAUGGCAUGCAGAGAAAUGUGGGUUCCUCACAGUUUAAGACCAUAGAGGAUGAACUUGUUCAAGCAUUGGUUUCCUCUGGAUGUAUCCCUGACAAUCAUGCUGACGAAAUGAAGAAGAUGUCUUUUCAGCGUUGUGCUCGCACAGAUAAGGGGGUUUCUGCUGCUGGACAAGUUGUAUCUCUAAAGAUUUGGUUGAUAGACAAUGUAGUUGAAAAGAUAAAUGAAAACCUGCCCUCUAAUAUCAGGAUACUUGGAUUGAAGAGAGUGACAGGGAAGUUUAACUCAAAGAACACCUGUGAUGCUCGCACCUACUCUUACACUUUGCCGACCUUCGCUUUCUCACAUAAAGACAAAGAGACACAAGAUGAAAACUUUCGACUGAGCCAGGAAACGCUAAACAGAGUAAAUGAGCUUCUUGCUCUUUACAAAGGCACUCACAACUUUCACAACUUUACCUCUCAGAAAGGACCAAAAGAUCCUAGUGCAAAGCGUUAUAUAAUGGAAAUGCUAUGUGAGCCUCCCUUCCAGCAGGGAGGGCUGGAGUUAGCAGUGAUCAAGGUGAAAGGUCAAAGCUUUAUGAUGCACCAGAUCCGUAAGAUGAUUGGAUUGGUCAUUGCUGUGGUGAAGGGCUUUGCUCCCAAAUCUAUCAUAGAACGAAGCUGGGGAGAAGAAAAAGUGGACAUUCCUAAAGCUCCUGGCUUAGGUCUGGUACUUGAAAGGGUUCACUUUGAAAAAUACAACAAGCGCUUUGGGAAUGAUGGACUUCAUGAUUCUCUCAAUUGGGUAGAAGAGGAAGAAAAAAUUGAGGCCUUUAAGAAGGAGCACAUUUACCCCACUAUUAUUCAGACAGAAAUUGAAGAGAAGUCUAUGAUUACUUGGCUUGCCACUCUGCCCAUCCAUGAUUAUGAUGCCACAUCUUUACAACAAAACCAGGCAGAAGAGGAAGAGGAGGAAUCAGAUUGAUCUCGGUUGUUUUUUUAAGAAGCCGGAGAUGCUUAAGAAGGCAAAGCUGCUGUUACUUUUACCAAACUUAUUUUGUCUGCUUAAAAUGCAUUAAUAAUACUGUGAUUUGUCUGCACAGAAUUUCCACACUGAUGAGAGGAUGACUAUUUUGUACAUUGAUUUUGUCAUUCCAAGAAAACCUUUUUUUUUUUUUUUUUUUUUUAUACCUCUUAAAAAAUGACUUGUGGACAUACAGAAGGAAUAUUUGUCAAUAUUUUGUAUUAUAUUGUAGUGGCCUGCAAGUAAAAAAAAAACCCCAAAAAACAAAUUAACAAUACAACUUUUUGUAAACAAAGCGUAGCCAACAAUGUAAAAUAUUAUGUAAUAAAGACAAAAUUCCACUGUAA